AUGAUGAGGAGGAAUUGGAGCAGCUUUGUUGCAAAGAAUUGUCGGUCCUCUGGGUUCUUCCUUCAGUCUCGGCGAGGUUUCUCUUCCACAGCAUCUCCCGAAGAAGGUCAUUGGGAUUGGGUUCGUCCAGUUAUGUUUUUGUCGUUUUUGGCUGGAAUUGAUGGCUACAUUAUAGAUGAUGUUGUGAAUUAUAAGAAAAGCCGCAAAAAACUCAGGAAGAUCGAAGAAGAGUGUGAUUACUUCCAUCAGGUUUUUAUGGAGAAACAAGUUGAGUACAGGAAGCGAAGCAAGGAGAUAUUUGGAACUAACUGA